AUGUGUUCCGUGCGAACCUUCCAAAUGCUACCACCGCGUUGGGCUGGUUAUGCUGGCGCAUAUGGGAUUGGAGGUGUUGUCUCGCCGCUGUUUGCGACUGUGAUGAUGUCUAGGGGUGUCCGUUGGUCUUGGUUCUACACGAUCAUGUUAGCACUCUCAGUUGCCAACCUUGUCUUUCCUGGAUGGGUGUUCAAUAAUUUCCAACAGAAUGACAUAACUCCUUCACAACAGACGGAAACUCAUUCGACUAACCCCAGCAAUGAUGAUGAUAAUUCUCGCACGACACAGGGAUCCAUACUCAGUAUGGCCAUCAAAAACCGCACAACUCUACUUGGCUCUCUAUUCAUCUUCGCCUACCAAGGCGCCGAAGUCUCUAUAUCUGGAUGGGUAGUCUCCUUUUUGAUCGCCUACCGAAAAAGCGACCCCUCGCACCUCGGGUACGUGAGCGCUGGAUUUUGGGCCGGUAUCACCCUUGGCCGAUUCCUGCUCGUAUAUCCCUCCCAUCAAUAUGGUGAAAAGAUCGCCGUCAACCUGAUGGCAGUAGGAGCAAUUGCUUUUCAGCUUAUGGCAUGGUUCAUUCCAAACACUGUAGGUGACGCAGUAUCAGUGGCAAUCCUGGGAGUAGUCCUGGAUGCAGUCUACCCAUGCUCAAUGGCGGUGUUUGUCAAGCUGUUACCCGGGAAGAUUCAGAUUGCGGACUUGAGUUUUAUUGGUGCUGUGGGUAGCAGUGGUGGCGCCUUUUUCCCGUUCUUGACUGGAUUGCUUGCGCAGAAUGUGGGCACUAUGGUGUUACAUCCUAUCUGCAUUGGUCUGUAUGGGGCGAUGGUGACCAGCUGGCUUUGCUUACCUAGGAUCUUGAUUCUCGAAGAGCUCUGA